AUGUUACAACCCGAUUCCUGUGCCUGUGGGAUGAACAAUUUAGAAUUGUUCCAAGUCCCUCCCACUAACAUUGCUUUAGAAGAGUCGAAAUGGGAAGAAUAUUACCCUAUUUCCAGUACUUUAGAUUCCGAUACGGCUCCCAUCGAAUUUGAAAUUAAAGGACAAGGAGAUCAAUAUCUGGAUUUAUCUCAAACUUAUCUUCAAAUGGUGUGUCAAUUUACUCAAAAUGAUGGAAGUGCUCUGGCUGGAGAUCCGGCUAAAAUAGCUCCGGUGAAUAAUAUCUUACAUUCCAUGUUUACGGAAAUCGAUGUCAGUCUGAAUGGGAAAAUAGUGACCUCGGGGACGGAUACUUAUCCUUACAAAGCGUAUCUGGAGAAAUUAUUGUCCUACCAACCCAGAACUUUAAACACACAGAUGAAAGCCUGUAGUCUGUGGGAAAAAGAUACGGCAGGACACAUGGACGAAGUGGGAUUAGAGGCUCUGACAGUUUCCGGCGCAGCUGCUAGCAGGACCUUUAAUAAAAACAAUGAUGAUAGUGUGACCAUUAGCAAACCCAUCCUCACAGAGUACCCGGCCGAUUCUAAAAACGAAGGAUUCCGAAAAAGAAACCAAGCUAUUGCUGGGAGUAAGAAAAUCACUUUGUUGGAUCGUUUACAUCUGGAUUUGUUUCAACAAGAUCGAUUUCUACCUAAUGGAGUGGACGUCCGUUUGAGAUUUAAUCGCGCUAGACCUGCUUUCUACAUGAUGACCGGUCAAGCCAAUACGGGAAAAGUGAAAAUAUUAAGUAUGGUCUUGUGGGUGAGAAAAGUCAAACCUGCCCCUACUUUGAUGAAUCAGAUCAAUCAAAAUCUGAAUACUCACAGAGCUAAAUAUCCCUUGAGAAGAGUGGAAGUGAAAACCUUUACCAUCCCCACAGGAACCCAGUCUAAGAUUACCGAUCAUCUGUUUCAAGGCCAGAUGCCUAAACGUCUCAUUUUAGGCUUUGUGGAGAAUGCGGCCUUUAACGGAGAUAAAACUAAAAAUCCCUUUCAUUUCCAAAACUUUGGGAUCAAGAAAUUAGACGUCAGUAUCAACGGAGAGACCAUGAGUACUCGAUGUUUUGAACCUAAUUUCAACGACGAUUUAUAUCUGAGAUCUUAUCUCAGUCUGUAUCAAGCUCUGGGAAAAUUAGGAGAAGAUUGGGCUCCAGACAUUACCCUAGAAGAGUAUAAAAGCGGCUACACUCUAUGGGGAUGGGAUUUCACUAAAGAUCAAGAAGCGCAAUCGGAUAAAUUCCAUCUCAUAGAAACAGGAAAUCUGAGAGUAGAAGUGCAGUUUACCGGCAAUACGGCCACUACCUUAAAUUGUGUGGUGUAUGCAGAAUUCGAUAACGUCUUAGACAUUAACAAACAGAGAGAAGUGGCUAUUGAUUACUAA